ACACUGCGCUGCAGCAUCCGGAGGACCGGCAGGAUGAGCACUAGACUACUCCUCUCCCUCUCCACACACACAUCGCUCCAUACGCAUUCCGGAUGAGUGUAAAUGCGCAAUGAUCGACUCACGGCUUGCCCUUCUGUCAGCUGUCCGAGAUGAAACUCCCGGUUUAACGCGGAUGCUGCAUCUGAUCAAUUAUUGAUAACUGUUAUGUUUGUUUUGGAUGUGAAUUGUCUCGGGGUGUUUUCAAGGAACGAAAUGAAUGUGACGCGUAGCGGCUUUCUGAAGGAGAAGAGCAUCCUCGCCGUCACCGGUGAGCGGGAUCGGGCGUGUAACGGAGCAUCUUUUCUCUCAUUCGGAGUAUAGUGCGGGGCCGCUCCUGUUGCUGAAGCCUAGUGUGUGUGGGGGUUCAUGUAUGAUGCUCAAAGGAAUGAUUUGGACAUCUUUAUAAAAGCAAAACACGCUGCCAGAUAGACGUUUGUUCAACUCAGCGCGUCAAAAAAGCUCUUGGUAUGGCUGAGAAGUCCUUAGAGCCGGGGUCUGUCUCCAUUCCUAUGGAGGAGACGAAGCGUGCUGCAGGAGAUGCUGCCAUGUUGACCCACCUGAAGAAGGUGGAGAACCACAUCACUGAGGCACAGAGGUUUUCACACCUGCCCCGUCGUUCAACAGUGGAUCUGGAGUUUACAGAGCUCUCCUACACCAUCCGUGAAGGCCCCUGUUGGAGGAGACGAGGAUUUAAGGCCCUUCUGAAGUGUCUGUCCGGAAAGUUCUGCAGUCGGGAGCUGAUCGGAAUCAUGGGGCCCUCAGGAGCUGGCAAAUCCACCCUCAUGAACAUCCUUGCUGGAUACAGAGAGACAGGUAUGAAAGGUCAGAUUCUGGUAAAUGGGCGACCCCGUGACCUCCGCACCUUCAGAAAAAUGUCAUGUUACAUCAUGCAAGAUGACAUGCUACUGCCACACCUGACAACACGAGAGGCAAUGAUGGUGUCAGCCAACCUUAAACUUAACGAAAAUGUGGAGGUGAAAAAAGAACUGGUGAAUGAGAUCCUCACAGCGUUAGGACUGCAGGAGUGUGCCCACACUCGCACCAUCUCUCUGUCCGGUGGCCAGUGUAAGCGCUUGGCAAUUGCCUUGGAGCUGGUCAACAAUCCUCCAGUCAUGUUCUUUGAUGAACCCACCAGUGGUCUAGACAGCGCGUCCUGUUUCCAGGUGGUUUCCUUGAUGAAAUCUCUGGCUCAAGGAGGAAGAACCAUCAUCUGUACCAUCCACCAGCCCAGUGCGAAACUGUUUGAAAUGUUUGACAAGCUUUAUAUCCUGAGUCAGGGUCAGUGUAUAUAUAAGGGGACGGUGCCGUAUCUUAUCCCUUACCUGAAAAACCUUGGACUCCACUGCCCUACCUACCACAAUCCUGCUGACUUUAUAAUCGAGGUCGCCUCAGGAGAGUAUGGUGACCUGAACCCUGUGCUCUUCGAAGCUGUUCAAGGAGGCCUGUGUUCAGAUGAGAGCAAGAAGAACUCCAGUGACAAGAACGACCCCACCACCUCCUGUCCAUCCCAGUGUUAUCCUGAUUCAGGAUACAUUGAGAAACACACUUUUGCCACCAGCACCCUUACACAGUUCUGCAUCCUCUUCAAGAGAACCUUCAUCACCAUAUGCAGGGACGUGGUAUUAACCCACCUGAGAGUGAUGUCGCACCUGUGUAUCGGCGUGUUGAUUGGCCUGCUGUAUCUGAACAUUGGGAAUGAUGCCAGCAAAGUGUUCAACAACACUGGCUUCCUGUUCUUCUCCAUGCUGUUUCUCAUGUUUGCUGCUCUCAUGCCCACCGUCCUAACAUUUCCACUGGAGAUGGGUGUGUUCAUAAGGGAGCAUCUUAAUUACUGGUACAGUUUAAAGGCGUAUUACUUGGCCAAGACCAUGGCUGACAUUCCAUUCCAGGUCAUUUGUCCGAUUAUGUACUGCAGUAUAGUGUACUGGAUGACAGAGCAGCCCCCAGAGGCAGGCAGAUAUCUGCUGUUUAUGGCUCUGUCCACUUCCACUGCCCUGGUGGCUCAGUCUCUUGGGCUUCUCAUCGGAGCUGCAUCCACUUCACUUCAGGUUGCCACAUUUGUAGGCCCAGUCUCAGCAAUCCCAGUCCUUCUGUUCUCUGGCUUCUUUGUCAACUUUGAUACCAUCCCGAAAUAUCUUCAAUGGAGCUCUUAUGUGUCAUACGUCAGAUAUGGCUUUGAGGGUGUGAUCCUCUCCAUCUACGGCAUGAACCGCUCGGAGCUGGAGUGUCCCGGCAUGGUGUGUAAGUUCCAGAAGCCAGAGGAGGUCCUGCAGUUGCUGGAUGUGGAGGAUGCAAAGCUCUACGUGGACUUCAUGGUGCUGGGGGUCUUCUUCUUAGUUCUCAGACUUGCCACUUACCUAGUUCUGCGUUACAAAGUCAAGUCAGAGCGUUAGGGUCUGAAGCUCAUCACCAGACGUACAUUUCAUUUCACACACACUCCAGUAAAUCAACACAACAUUCUUUUUGCAAACCAAUGCACGAUACCGGGGCCAUUGUUUUGGCAGUGCAACAUUUAUCCUCAGUUUUUGUUACUUGAAAACUAUUUUUAAUUCUCUACAUGUAGAAUAGUAAAUCAACAUAGGAGUUGUUUUGUCAAAUUUCUUUAUGUCUUCAUGCAGUUUAACUGUGUAGGCUCAUUUUCCCCACCACCAGAACUUUCAAGCAUGAGUCUCUGCUGACAGGACUGGAUGUAUUUACAACGACAAUCCCACACAAUAGCAUGUGGACUGGCCAACAAGUCUCUUUCUGCCUAGACUGAAGGAUUUGUCUUGCGUUUAAUGGAUUUACUUCAACCCGAGAUGAAAAAGUCAUCAAUAACAUGUUUCAGAUGAGAGUGCACUGCAUGUUUGGGGCACUUUUCAGGACAAGCAAGCAGCUGAAGAGAGAACUGUGCGUGAUAUACUGUAAGAAUCGUCCAGCCAGCGUAUCUUCAACUCCAGCUUUGUCUUCCCACAAUACACUUUAAGCUUGAGGGGAAUAAUAUCUUCUGUCACCUACUGAAUAUAAAGACUCUCUCAAGGCAAUUCUGGGCAUCCAUGUCAAACUAAAUCUAACCGUUUGAGGAAUGUUGCAGCAAGUGCCCUUGAUGUGAACUGCCUAUUAAAUUUUUUUCCUAAGGGGGAACAUUUGGGCAUUUUGUCAGUAUCCAUCCGUCUUGUUACCUUGAAUUCUCUGACAACUGCCUCUUUGGUUUCCUGAGAGAGAAACAAAUUAUUAUUUGUGGGCUUUUGCUUUCUCGUUUUCAUCAGGAGGGAUCAAACCUUGACCUUGUACAAUAAUAAUUAAAAAACUCCCUACAGUGACCAAAAUAAUGAAGAACUCAAUGUGAAUUCGGGGCUAUUCUCGAAGAACCUCUUGAACUGACUACAUUUCGACAGGAAUGGCACAUACCAUCAGAUGUCUGAAAAUCACGUGCAGUCCUAAUGUCUGAUAGUGAACAUUUUACGCAGGCAACAUUUACUGCUCAAACAGGACUCGCUUGGCUUGUUUCUUUCUGCUACUUUUGCGACUGUUCCCUGGAAACUUAAUCUGCACUGCUAAGUAUGUCAGGACAUGUGUGGUUGGAUGUGUCGAUCAUAUACCUGGAUCGUAACGAUGGAUGAACGCUUUUUUCUGGAUGGAAAUAUUUAUGCCUCGUUUGCACUCGUAUGUACACUUCCUCUUCUUCGCUUCUCUCUUCUAGCAGUCAGGAUAUUCAACGCCGCAAUGCAAUGCAAACACCUUCACAACUGAUUCAGUGUUACUCUGGAGAUCUUUUUGAGUCCUGCUAUGUGUUAUGUCUCCUUAUAUAACUAAGACUACUAAUAAUCUGAGUAUAUACACAAAGAAAAGUACACGUGUUAUGCUUCAAGCAAGAUUGUAAAUACAUGUAUGCACUUUUUUUUUUGGUUGAUGUUGUUUUAUUGGAACUUUUUUUGGACAUUCGUUUGUAAUUGAUUUUAUUUUUAUAUGCGCAAAUAUGACAUGCGGUUCUGGAAAAGGGAGUUUAAUGGCUGGAAAAUGCAUGACACAUUUGGACGAUGCUGCGACUGAGGAAUUUAUGUUGCACAAUACAGAAAAUGCUCCCAAAAUAGUUGAUUAAUUUGCUGCCGGUUCAUUUUAGGAUGAUUUCAUUUUAUUUUUUGAGAAUGCUUGUGUUGGGAAAGUUGACUCAGCUUGUGAGUAGGACAUUUGUGGUAUACCAACACAAUUUUACAGCAUUUCCUAACUAUUUUAAAUUAGUGGCUAAUUCGUAAUGAAUUUGUGUGAUCACAUUUGUACAUUUUGGUAUAAACUGCUCACACCCUAGUGAUGAAUGUGUUUACCCUUGCAAAAAAUGUUUAUUUCUUUCAUUAAUUUCAUUAGGUAUACUAUAA